AUGCCAUCUGUUGAUAGGAUUGACUGCUCUAAUGAUAUGAUGAAAGAUAUGGUUUCAAAACCCAUAGCGAAGACUGAUUUCAAAGUCUUCAAUGCCUUCAAUACCAUCGAAGGCGACAAAACUAAUCGCCAGAAGUCUUGCGUUGUUUUACCGCAAAGAUAUUUGGCGUUAAUGUCUUUGUCGAUGGGUUUUAUACUGAUAUGGAUAUCAAUGAUGGCAUCGGUUCUCGUGUCCAACACUUUUAAAGACAAUGUGAUUGACUGCUCUAAUGAUAUGAUGAAAGAUAUGGUUUCAAAACCCAUAGCGAAGACUGAUUUCAAAGUCUUCAAUGCCUUCAAUACCAUCGAAGGCGACAAAACUAAUCGCCAGAAGUCUUGCGUUGUUUUACCGCAAAGAUAUUUGGCGUUAAUGUCUUUGUCGAUGGGUUUUAUACUGAUAUGGAUAUCAAUGAUGGCAUCGGUUCUCGUGUCCAACACUUUCAAAGACAAUGUGUCGGCGAAACAAACGCUUCAUGUCUUUCAAACUCACAAACAAAUGGCGAGAAUUGUCUUCUCUAUUGGACACGAAAUGGUCUCGACAGUGGAUUGGUUGGUAUCCAUUGAAUCCAAACCCAGAUCUCGUUCGUUGACAAUAGAGGAAGCGAUAGGAAUCACUUGGAAAAUGACUGAUUCAGUCAUCGCUGAUGUCAGACGUGUUUGCAAUGACGAAGAACUUCCCAAACUCUUGACUCUCAUUGAAUUCAAAUUAUCGAAAAUCAGAUCCAACGAAGUCUUCGUCGGACAAAAUCCACUCAAAAUCAUUAAAUCUUAUGACACUUUGUUUGAAGCGAUCGAAAGAAAAAGCUUUUCAUUAGAUUUCGCUUCCAACCCAUCGACAGUCAAACCAGACAUUCAGACUUCUAUCACAUAUCCAUUAUUUAUCAAAGGAAUGGCGAAACGAUUCUCUGAACUAUCACUCGGAACAGUAUUUGUUAGAUCCGACAUCACUAUCAAUAAAUCAGAUUAUUAUUACUACCACUUUAUUAGUAAACAUCUAAUCGAUAGCGCAUUUCAAUUGAACCCAAGAGUACAGAACCGAUAUUUUGAGCUUCAAGACAGUGACGGCACGUCCGAAGUGUUGGUCACUCUAAUGGAUGAUAAUCUCAACCGACGGGACAAUCAUUUGGCGAACCUUUACUUGAAUUCUGUCAAGAAUGAGAUCGCGAUACUUCUUCGCGCGCGAGACUUUCUAAACACAUCUGUGUCCGCACAAGUGACCCAAUCGGUGACACUUAAUGAUAGAGUGUUGGCCUUUCACGUGACCAUCGCUGUGAUCGCCGUCUUCGCCGUCAUUCUAAGCCUCACUCUCUUGUGUUCGGCGUUUGGAUACAAACAAAAUAAAAAUGUCUUAAGAACUGACACCAAUGGCGAACGCAAUGAUAACACAGUCUAUAGCAUUGAAUUUGAUGACAAAGUUCAGAUCUUUGGAACCAAUUCAUCCAAAUAA